GCCAUUAAUGUAUGAUGUAUCCACAGGCCCUGACGAGACGCGUCUUUAAUUUUUGCUGAUCUCAACCAACAAAGGUUUUAAUUUAUCACUUCUAAAUUUACGCAGCCAGCUUUCUGAAGUAUUGGAGUUGCAGGAAGAAUGGCAAACAGGCAUGAGAGUUCAGAGGAGACGAUAUACGUUGCCGUUGGAAAAGACGUGAAAGAGUGCAAAUCAAUCCUGUUAUGGGCGUUGGAGAACACCGGAGGAAAGGGGAUUUGCAUACUUCACGUUCAUCAGCCUGCGCAGUACAUUCCAUUUAUGGGUGGAAAAGCUCCAGCUAGCUCACUGAAGGAAAGUAUUGUAAGGGAAUACCAUGAAACUGAGAGGCAAAAAAUGCAUGAGAUCAUGGAUGAAUAUCUUCUCAUCUGUCGCCAAAAGGGGGCACCAGCUCAUAAGCUUAUAGCAGAAACGGGUUGUGUCAAGAAGGAAAUUGUACAACUCGUCUCUCGGAAUGGGAUCAGGAAGCUUGUUAUUGGAACAGCAGCAAAGAAGCACUAUGGAAGAAAAAUGACGGACCUCAAGUCUAAUAAAGCUAAAUAUGUGCGCCAACAUGCACCAGUCUCCUGUCACCAAUUGUCGGUCGUCGAAAUCCAAUCGGCGCCGGAGUCCGACAACAUCCGGUCGCCGGUAUCCUGCCGGCGCUGGAUUUUGGUCACCGACGCCGGAUUCCGGCCACCAGAUUCUGGCUGGAAUAUGGCAGGAAUCCGGCCGGCUCUUGCCGGAUCUGGCCAAAACGGCCGGAUUCGGCCAUUGAUCGGGCUGGAUCUAGAAGAUUCUGAUCGGAUAUGA